CCUCAGUGUUCAACAGGACGCACAGCUGACCGGGAUCACAGGCCAUCCAUCCUCCACCUCAGACUGUUGCGGGACGCACACGCAGCUGUCGCACCCACCGGGAGAGUCGGAUACCUGUGGUCGAGCAAUCUGGGUGGGGGGGGAUCCUUGCUGGGACACGGACUGAAGCCUGAAGCCUAAAAGCCUGCAUCAGGAUGGAGAUGAUAAAGAAGUUUUUUAAAUGUUUGGUGUCCGUGAAAGUCCGGGAGUACGUGAAGGACUACUGCAAGAGGAACGGGCUGCUGACCCUGUCGGUGUUUGCCGUCAUUACGGGCUGUGUGCUCGGAUUUUCGCUCCGCACCUUUAACCUCUCUACACAGGCCAAGAUCUACUUUGCAUUCCCAGGAGAAUUACUGAUGAGGAUGCUGAAGAUGUUGAUUCUGCCUCUCAUCACAUCCAGUCUCAUGUCCGGCCUGGCAGCCAUGGAAACAAAGGCAAGCGGGCGCCUGGGAGUCCUGACCAUCACCUACUACCUGUGGACCACCUUCAUCGCAGUUAUUGUUGGCAUUGUUCUGGUGCUCAUCAUCCAUCCGGGGACGGGCUCGGAGAAAGAUGGUCACCAUGCGAGUACGGGGCCCGUCAUGACCUCCGCUGAUGCUCUGCUGGACCUCAUCAGGAACAUGAUUCCAUCUAAUCUAAUUGAAGCUACUUUUCAGCAGUACCGCACAGAUUUGGUACCGAUUGUGCAGAGCGCCGCCGCAAAAGAGUCUCAGGUCAACUACGUGUACGUCAUGCCCGACUACCACAAUCCUCAACUGGGACAUCCGGUGUUUCUGGAGAUCACUCCGGCACCCGACAUCAAGUACAAAAUCGUCCCCAGUUCAAGCAAGGGCAUGAACGUGCUGGGGAUCGUCAUCUUCUCAGCUACUAUGGGUCUGCUGCUGGGGAAGAUGGGAGAACGUGGAUUACCUCUAGUCAACGUGUGUCAGUGCAUCAACGAGUGCGUGAUGAAAAUCAUUAAUGCUGCCAUGUGGUACUUCCCUUUUGGCAUUGUGUUCCUGGUGGCAGGAAAGAUCCUGGACAUGCAUGACCCGGCCCAUCUGGGGGAGAAACUGGGCAUGUACUUCAUAACUGUCCUGUCUGGUCUGUUUGUGCACGGCCUCAUCCUGCUGCCACUUUUCUACUUCUUCUUCACCGGCAAAAACCCCUUUGUGUACAUCAGAGGACUCCUGCAGGCUCUUGUCAUUGCACUGGCCACUUCAUCCAGCUCGGCCACGCUGCCAAUCACCAUGAAGUGUCUCCUCGAGAACUGUGGGGUGAAUCGGCAAAUAGCUCGCUUUGUGCUUCCGGUGGGAGCGACAAUCAACAUGGAUGGCACAGCCUUGUAUGAGGCGGUAGCUGCCAUUUUUAUCGCCCAGGUCAAUGAUCACGAAUUGGACUUUGGCCAGCUGGUUACCGUCAGUAUAACAGCAACAGCAGCCAGUAUUGGAGCAGCUGGGAUACCUCAGGCAGGUCUGGUUACCAUGGUGAUUGUCCUGACCUCUGUGGGGUUACCUCCUGCUGACAUCUCCCUGAUCGUGGCCAUCGAUUGGGUUCUUGAUCGGUUCCGGACCAUGAUCAAUGUGCUCGGUGAUGCCUUAGCAGCAGGAAUCAUGGCUCAUCUAUGCAAGAAGGACUUUGAGAAAACAGCCGCAUCCACCGCUACAACUCCAGUUCCUGCACCUUCUCCUGCAAAUACUGGACGGAGGGACACGGUGAUCUCGUUCGGGAACCAGAGCGUGGCUAUGUCGGACACGCCGCUGAUCGCGCACCGCUGCGACUGCAUGUACGACGUGGACGGAGACAGCGUGAUGGAGAGGCCGGUGCCCUGCUACAACCUCUGCCAGGUCUGAGGGGCUCCCGCCGGAGGGACACAACAAGAUCCCCAACGUCGCUUCACCUCACGAGGCCAAAGGCACAAUUUGAGCCCCCGGGGAUACUGAAGCCUGAAUUAAGGUUCCGCGUUAAAGCAGCACAAUGUAACUUUCAGCUUUUGUUGAGUUUGGCAGCUCCUUUGGACAAAAGCGGUAGUGCUUUACCAGUAGUGUGGAAGGGUUCCUACCAUGCUCCUCAAAGUUACAUAGUGCCAGUGAAGGCGAUACAGACCCCCCAGACCAUGACAGAGGUGUCAUUAAAGCUGUUGUAAGUUGAUGUACCAUCACAAUGACUCUGGAAAUAUGAUAUUAAGGUGGAAAAGUUACAUUGUGCUGCUUUAAAUCGACGCAGGGUUACGGUGUAGGGUACGCGGCGACGCGCACCGUACCUGCUCUGGCUCUGCGUUGGUGUAACGCGGAACCAUAAAUCAGCCUUGAGUGGUUGAGUGGCUUUAUGUCCUUUGCCUAUGCCGUGCCAAAAACGGAAACCUUCUUUACUUGAUAAAGCUCUGUGUCCUUUCAGUUUGACCUGGGUGACCAGUCGUGAGGAAACGUGUUUCAAGUGUAACUUGAGUGUUAAACUGUGACUGUUGUCCGAGUGCAAAUUACAUGACGUUUUGCAGUGACGUCCCCGCCGGCCUGUCCCGGCGAGGGGAUUUCAGGUUUGAUGUGAAAGUUUGUAAAAUGCCUUAACUAGAUUCGACAAGUGAUAAAAUUGAAAGUUAUCCGAAAAUUAAUGGCAAAUUUACAGAUGAUUUAUUCACUGUGUGUUAGGCAAACUAUGUGUAGACAGCUAUCAAAAUAACAAAAACUCUGUAAUAACCCUGACGCAGAAUAAUAAUUUCUGUUUUUAUACCUUUUGAAGUUUGUGGUUUUCUAAUAAAAAAAAAUCUACAUU